CAAACAUCGAGGAACGUGUGUUAUAAGCUCUGAGAAGAAUGGCUGUGAACGUGUUGGUACCCCUGCUGAUCCCCCUAGGCGAGCAGCUCACCAAUGUGACCAAGUUGGUGGGGAGUGACCCGGUGGAGUUCGACCACAGGGAGUAUGUUACUGAAGUGCCGGAGAACACCACCCACGACCUGCUGCUGCGUCUGACUGCCCGGGUCCAGGUCCCAGACGCCUCCCUGGUGUUCGUUAUCACAAAAGGAAACGAGGCGGAUCACUUCUGGCUGCACCCCAUUACUGGCAGUCUCUCCAUCCGCUCCCCGCUGGACUAUGAGACACAACAAGAGUACACGUUGGUGGUGGAGGCCCGGGCGGGGGAGGCGAGGAGCGAGGCGAGGGUGGUGGUGAGGGUGAAGGACCAGAACGACCACGCCCCCGUCUUCCCUAGGUCCCUCCACGAGACUCAGAUCACCGAGGAGGACGACCGGCAUCUCCCUAAGGUCAUCCUCACGCAGGUGACGGCUACGGACGGGGACGCUGGAGAGUACGGACGACUACGUUACAGUCUUUCGGGCGACGGUGUCAACACUAAUGGGUCCAGGGCUGCCUUCGCUAUAGACCCAGUGACCGGUGCCAUUCAGCUGUUGAGGCCACUGGACAGGGACCCCCCACACGGACGGGCUCAGUGGCUCCUGAGGGUGACGGCGACGGACGGGCAGCUGGAGGCGCACACCGACGUACGCGUCAACCUGAAGGACGUCAACGACAACGCCCCUUACUUCCCCGCCCACACCACCACCGCCUCCAUCUCCGAGGACACACCCAAAGGUACUAUGGUGGCCCAGAUGGUGGCGACGGACCACGACGACCCUGACGAGGGCUACAACGCCCAGCUGGUGUACUCACUCGAGAAGAAUGUGAUCGACGAGUCGUCCGGCAGCGCCAUCUUCAGUAUAGACAAUCAGCUGGGCCUCAUCACCACGGCGCUCUGCUGCCUCGACCGUGAGAAGACCCAGAGGUACACCAUCCAGGUGGUGGCUACUGACGGAGGUGGCCUCAAGGGUACAGGGACGGUGGUGGUGGAGGUGCAGGACGUGAACGACGUGCCACCGAGGUUCUCACGCUCUGAGUGGACGCUGGACGUGUCCGAGAGCCUCACCCCCGACCACGUCCUGGCCACCCUCACCGUCGUCGACCAAGACGUGUCCAACAACUUCUCCUACAGGAUAGUGCCAGGUAGUGGUCGGGGGUGGCAGAUGUUCCGUGUGGAUGGUCGACGCCGGGGUAUGCCAGGAGGGGACCUGCGGACGGUGACACCUCUGGACUACGAGAAUCCCAACCACAGACGAGGAUUCCGCUUCAGGGUAGAGGUGACAGACAUAGGAGAGGAAGGGUGGGGCGACAAGUAUCACGUAGACGGCACUUGGGUCAACCUCCGCCUGGCCGACGACAACGACAACACGCCCACUUACGACAACGACCUCGCCGACCUCACCCUUCCUGAGGACACGCUCCCUGGCACCCUCCUCACCACCUUCACCGCCAAGGACCGUGAUGGGGGAGGACAGAGUCGGGUGCAGUACAAGAUAGCGGAGGACAGUGACCCCGGGCGGCAGUUUGGGGUGGACGGGUCAGGGGCGGUGUGGCUGGUGGGCGGCCUCGACCGGGAGACAGCGGACGCCCAUCGUGUGCUGGUGUGGGCGGUGGACGAUGGCGUGCCGCCCAGGACCGCUACAGCCACCCUUAACGUGAAGGUGACGGACGUGAACGACAACCCACCGUUCCUGGCGGAGCCGCGGCAGGUGGAGGUGAGGGAGAACAGCGCGCAGUGGUGGCCUGAGACGCUGGGGACCUCGGACGACUGGCGCCAGGGUCACGGGCCACCCUUUACCCUAACCCUUGACCCCAGGGCGCCCCACCACGUCACCAGCACCUUCACCGUCACCCACGACAAGAGUGAGUUGAAGGGGACGAGGGGCGCGGGGUGGGCGUUGUGUGGGCGCGGGCGGGGCUGGACCGGGAGGAGCGCCGCGCCCUGCUGGUGCCGCUGGUGGUGGGCGACGCUGCGGCCGCCCUCCGCCACCGUCACCCUCACCGUCCACGUCGCCGACCUUAACGACAACCCCAUGACUCCCGCCGCCAAGACUGUCACCGUCCACACCUCCAGGUCAGUCACUGUCCAGGGUCAGUCAUUGUCCACACCUCCAGGUCAGUCACUGUCCACACCCUCCAGGUCAAUCACUGUCCCAGGUCAGUCACUGUCCAGCCCACCGUCCACACCCAGUAGUCCGGGUCAGUCACUUCUCCACACCCUCACAGGUCAGUCACUGUCCACACCUCCAGGCCAGUCACCGUCCAGGGGUCAGUCACUGUCCACACCUCCAGCCACUACACCCCAGUCAGUCACUGUCCACACCCUGCAGGUUGUCACUGUCCAGGGUCAGUCACUGUCCACCUCCAGUCAGUCACUGACCACACCCCAGGCCACCGUCCAACUCCAGGUUGCACGUCCAGGUCAGUCACUGUCCACACCCUCCAGGUCGUUGAGCAAGGGAGAUACUAAAUAG